CGAUCAUCUAAUGUAUUGUGUCAUUAACUGUGUAUAGUUUUUUGUAAAGUAUUGUUGGCCUAGAAAAAAUCUGUGUUGAUGUUCUUACGAUUGUUAUCGCGCAGUCCAAAUUUAUUUAACCGAGACAUUUGCCAUGGAGCUAGUCGACAAUCUCACAAACAUCAAUCAGUAUCAGUAAAUUACUUCAGCGGGCUGUGCAUGGUAGAUGUUUCCAAAAGACAAGUUAGGUUUGCUCUUAAAAUGAAUACAACACUCACCAGCAAAGCACCCUUAAGCAACAUGACUGCUACAGCAAUUCAAUCCAGUAAUAAUACAUCAUUUGAGCGUUCAAAUGAUAUAACGAAAUCCGCCCAAGAUAGCCGUGAAUAUCGUGGUUUAAAACUUUCAAAUGGAAUGAAGAUAGUAUUGGUCUCUGAUCCUACGACGGACCGAUCAGCAGCUGCUCUUUCCGUGGCUGUUGGACAUCUUUGUGAUCCAACUGAUCUCCCUGGAUUGGCGCAUCUCUGUGAACAUAUGCUUUUCUUGGGCACAAAAAAGUACCCAUUGGAGCAUGAAUACACAACUUUUCUCAAAGAGCAUGGAGGUAGCUCAAAUGCAGCAACAUUUUCCGAUAUGACCAAAUACUACUUUGAUGUAAUUCCCGAUAAGCUGGAGGGUGCACUGGAUAGGUUUUCACAAUUCUUUAUUGCACCACUCUUUAACGAGGAAGUCACUGAUCGCGAAAUAAACGCUGUUAAUUCGGAGCAUGAAAAGAAUCUAUCACAGGACAUGUGGCGUGUAAAGCAAGUGAAUAAAUCGUUAUGCAAAGUAUCCCAUGCCUAUAACCGAUUUGGCAGUGGAAAUAAACAAACACUCUAUGAAAAUCCCCGCCAGAACAAUAUAAAUGUACGAAACGAAUUGAUGAAAUUCCACAACAAAUGGUACUCCCCAAAUAUCAUGAGCCUGGCCGUUUUCGGGAAGGAAAGCUUAGAUGAUCUUGAGCGAAUUGUUAUACAAAUGUUUUCACAAAUCGAGAACAAAAAUGUGAAGGCUCCUUCUUGGCCCGAUAUGCCGUACGAUGAAGAUCAACUUGGGACAAAGACGUAUAUAAUCCCAGUAAAAGAUACACGUUCUUUAACUAUUUCUUUCCAACUGGAAGAUUUAGAACAGUACUACAAGGCUGGCCCAGAACACUACGUCAGUCAUCUGGUUGGGCAUGAAGGAAAGGGCAGCAUCCUAUCGGAGUUGAAGGCUCGCGGAUGGUGCAAUAAACUGAUAAGCGGAUACAGCAACCUAGGAAGAGGAUUUGGCUGCUUCGAAAUAAUGGUCGAUCUAACGGAAGACGGAUUUAGCCAUAUAGAUGACACGGCAAAAAUAAUCUUCCAGUACCUCAACAUGCUACGCGUGCAGGGCCCUCAGAAAUGGAUAUUUGAAGAGUAUCGAAAUCUUUGCGACAUGCUUUUUCGUUUCAAGGACAAAGAAAGUUCACUUUCGGUUGUUACCAAUGCGGUAACGGCAAUGCAUGUUUUCCCUUUAGAGGACGUGCUUACAGCACAUUGUUUGAUCAGUGAAUGGCGACCCGAUUUAAUAGAGGACCUGAUGAGAAAACUAAUUCCAAGGAAAGCGAGGAUUAUAAUUGUUGGGCAACAGUGUAGCUCAUUGACUAACGCCGAGGAACUGUGGUAUGGUACGAAAUACGGCGUACACAAAAUCGAAGCUUCAAUACUGGAGUAUUGGUCAUCUGCAGACAUAAACAACAAUCUUCAGCUACCAGAACCUAAUCCGUUUAUUCCAACCAAUUUCGACUUACUACCAAUCGAUAACGAUGUCGACACUUUUCCUACUGUUAUCUACGAUACACCGAUGAUCCGCUUGUGGUUUAAGCAGGAUGUUGAGUUUCUUAAACCAAAAACUAUGAUGAAUUUUGACUUCAACAGCCCAAUGGUCUAUUCUGAUCCUUUAAACUGCAAUAUGACACGGCUCUUCGUACAGCUGCUAAAAGACCAUCUGAACGAGUUUCUUUUUGAGGCGGAUUUGGCAGGAUUAGGCUUUGGUGUUGGCAAUACUACCUCUGGCAUAAGCUUAUCAAUUGGUGGAUAUAGCCACAAGCAGCACAUUUUACUUGACAGGGUGUUGGAUAGCAUGUUUAACUUCAAAAUUGAUCCACGCAGGUUUGAAGUGUUUAAGGAGCAAUACAUCAGGAGCUUGAAAAAUUAUCAAACUGAACAGCCUUAUCAACACGCUAUCUAUUAUUUGGCAUUGUUGCUAACAGAACUAGCCUGGACUAGGCAGGAGCUAUUAGAUUCAAUGCAAUUAUUAACAAUGGAACGGUUGCAAGCAUUCGUUGAACAGCUUCUGUCGCGAAUGCACGUUGAAGGUUUCAUAUACGGAAAUGUUAACAAGGAUAAAGCGAUGACAAUGAUGCGAAUGGUUGAAAAUAAGAUGAAAACAACUGAUUCCGAAGUGGUGCCAUUACUGGCAAGACAAUUACUACAAAAACGAGAAUAUAAAUUAGGCAAUGGCGAAAACUGUUUAUUCGAAGCUACAAACGAGUUCCACAAAAGUUCUUGCACUGAAUUAUAUGUACAGUGUGGUCCACAAGAGCCACACUCAACAUAUGUGGACAUACUAUCCCAAAUGCUUAGUGAAGCGUGUUACACGCAGUUGCGAACCAAGGAGCAGCUCGGAUAUCUGGUGUUUUGUGGCUCCCGUAAAGCAAACGGUAUCAGUGGUAUUCGAAUCAUUGUACAAUCUGCGCAUCAUCCCGCUUAUGUUGAAGAGCGAAUUGAAAAUUUCUUUAACAAUAUGUUGGAUUAUUUGGAAAAAAUGCCAGACGACGAGUUUAAUCGCCACAAAGAGGCGUUGGUGGCAUUAUUCCUUGAGAAACCAAAGCGUCUUGCUUCUCAAUUCAGCAUAUUCUUACAAGAAAUAUCACUGCGACAGUACCAUUUUAAUCGAGCGCAAGUUGAAGCAGCCAAACUAAGAACUUUAACCAAACAGCAAGUGAUUGACUACUACAAGGAAUACAUCAUACUAGGUGGACCGUCAAGGAGUACUUUAUCUGUUCAUGUAUUAUCAACGGGAGAAGGAGGUGCAGGGGCGAACGGGAACAAAACAGCUGAGGUAGAUGCAGCAGAGAAAAUAUUCGAUGAUUCUAAUGCCAGUCAUCGAAAGGAAAUAACGAACAAAGAAUUCAUUAGAGUAACGGAUUUGGCCAGCUUUAAGUCAUCACGUUCGCUGUAUCCGUUGGUUCAACCAUAUCUAGAGAUAUUACCAAAGGGAGGACGAUGCAAACUUUGAACGAUACUUAAACGAUAGCAACUUUCAAUUAACUUUUAUUGAACUGAAGCUUCCUCAACUGACAGAACUUACUGAAGUAAGGCUAAAGUUUGGUCUGUAUGAAUUUCCUUCAAUUCAAUUCCAUGGCCCGCCCUAUAGCUUACAAAGAUGUGUCCA